AUGAAACGUGGCGAGACCAUCACCGCAGACAAGUACUGCAAAGAACUUGACCAAAUCCACCCAAAACUCCAAGGAGUUAGUGAACAGAAAGGUUCUCCGGCGGCGGCCGGGAAAUGUCAUGUGACCCGCAUCGACGCAUCUGUACCUAAAACCAGCGCAUUCUCGCCACGCAUCGUCGCAAACUCCGAAAUCUCUCCCCGCUUCUUCUUCGUCUCCGUCGUCGUCGUUCUCGUACUCGUCGUUACACCAAGACAUGCACUGUAA